AAUUGUGCUUUGGAGAAUGUAUUGCCCAUUGUAGAAGCUCAUUGAUUUAGACUUGUAAUGUAGUAAGUGGCUUGGCAGGCGGCCUGAGCUCCUUGUUAUGGCGGUGACACGUCCAGCAAUGGCAUAGCAGGGUGUAUGCCGGGAGAUGUCCUCAGUGCAGAGUGCCCGGGGCCCUGCGCUCUGCUCCAGCUCCUGGCUCUGUCAUGCUGAUCUCUCCUCUGUGCUUCAUGUAACACGCCCGGCCCAGCCUGCUGCCAGCACCCCGGGGAUCAUAUCAAGGGAGGAGUGUGUUGUAUUGGAGCUGCCAUGUCCCACAGGUGAUGUCACUCCUUGCUCCCUGACUGUGUCCUGCGCUGCACAAGGGACACACCACAUACUGGAUGUCAGCUUAUGCAGCGAAGCCAGAACCAUAGAGGUCUACGGUGUCUCUCAGGAUGGGCAGGAGGAGGAGUACCUGGGCACCAGUCGAGGAGACAAAUGUACCUUCAGAAGUUCAGAAGAAGAUGAUGAGCCCUUUACUUUGUACAGAACAUACUUGAAGUUCGAUUUUCCCGUAUCCACUUGUAAAGUCAAGCUACUUUCACUUGGAGGGAAACAAAGUGUCCUUGUGGGUGAGAUUUCAGUGCAAGUUACGCCUGUCCCUGAAAGACGCUCCCAGACUUCAUCUUUGCUGGGCCCGACCAUUAAUAUGGAGCGUGUGCAGAGUAUCAUGGACAGCAUGGGAGGGAAAAUGUCACCUGGAGCUGAGCAGCUCAUGAACAUGGUACAAGCACAGCAGAAGAAUCAGGCUCCAUUUGGGGCUCAGUUGCUGCAUCUGUUUAGUAGCUUCCAACCUAACACUCAUCAGAAGAAAGAGGAACGUAAAGAGGAAACUCUUCAGCAGGCUGAAAAGACUCUUGAUACACAACUGGAACCUGCACAGUGCCGUCCUUCCUACCAACAAUCGUCAGCCACUGAUGUCAAGUCUAUGAUGUCUUCAUUUCUGCAGAAUCAACUGGGUCAGGGCGUCACUUCCGAAUCUGUUCUGCCUCUCUUGCAAAAUCUUGCUCUACAGAGGAACACUGAUCAAGACUGUGGAAACAAGUCAUGUUCUGUGCCAAGAGAAGAUGAGCUAGAUCCAGCUUUGGAGAAAGUGCUGUCUGCUCACCUCGAGCGUAUGGAGAGGAAUCUUAUGAACCACAUUGAUCAGAGGAUGAAAUGUUUACAGGAGCACCUGGACACCAGAAUAGACCAAUUAUUAGUAUGUUUGCUGGAGAGAGGCGGCAAGUCUAAUCCACAUCCUGUAACUACCGGAGACAAACUUGUCAAUGGACACACGGAUUACACAUAUGAUGACAGUGACUGUAAUGUACUGUCCGUGCACUAACAUACACUGA